AUGGCGAAGCGUCUGAUCCCCUCGCUGAACCGGGUGCUGGUGGAGAAGCUGCUGCAGCCCAAGAAGAGCGCCGGUGGCAUCCUCCUCCCGGAGACCACCAAGCAGCUUAACGCUGCUAAAGUCAUUGCUGUUGGCCCUGGUGAUCGUGAUGGGGUUGGUAAGCUGAUCCCUGUAUCUCUGAGUGAAGGCGACACUGUUCUGCUUCCGGAGUAUGGUGGAACAGAAGUGAAGCUUGCUGAAAAAGAUAGUUUGAUGAACUAUCACCUAGUGAACAGCGAAGCGAGCAGCUCACGUUCGUCCAGCUGGGUUUUUACUGGUACCUUCUUUUCAGAGAGCACGACAUACUGGGGAAGCUUGAGGGGUAGCUCUGGAGCGUCAAAAUGUCAACUCUCAAGGCUGGAGUUUGAAAGUAGGGAUGCAGGAGUGUAG